CAUCCGGCCCCAGAGGGGCUGGGGGGUGACUUUCACCCCUCUGUCUGGUGACAGUCGGCUGACUUCCGAGCUCCGGUGAUCUGCCCUUGUCUUGGCCGUAGUCCUCCUCCCCUGAACAUGGCAGGUUAGCACAUUAAACAGUAGAGUCCGUUGGUCAUGCUGCAUCUCAGCCAAAAGGCUGCCGGCGCACACAAACCGAAAUACAAAACGAGCUCUGGUUUUGUUCCCGCAUCGCAGGCUGUGCUGGAAAAGGCAGGCACCAAAGCGGAAUCCGCUACGCAGGUGGCAUCAGGAAAAAAGCCCAUAACUGUGGAGUCGAAGUCCUUUGCGGUGGGGAUGUUCAAGGGGCAGAUGAUCACGGAGCAAGUCUUCCCGUACCCUUCAGCCCUGACCGAAGACCAGGCGCAGACGCUGCAGGAGCUCGUGGGGCCGGUCUCCCGCUUCUUCCAGGAGGUGAACGACCCAGCCCAGAACGACAGCCUGGAGCAGGUGGAGGAGAGGACGAUGCAGGGCUUGAAGGAGCUCGGUGCCUUCGGCCUGCAGGUCCCGACGCAGCUUGGGGGGCUCGGCCUCAGCAACACCCAGUAUGCUCGGCUGGUGGAAAUCGUGGGCAUGUAUGACCUGGGAGUGGGCAUCACACUCGGUGCCCACCAGUCCAUCGGGUUUAAGGGGAUCCUUCUCUAUGGCACGCCGGAGCAGAAGGAGAAAUACCUCCCCAAACUGGCCACAGGGGAGACCAUCGCCGCAUUCUGCCUGACAGAACCAGCCAGCGGCUCGGACGCGGCGUCCAUCCGGACCACGGCGGAGCUCAGCCCCUGCGGCAAAUACUACACACUGAACGGAGGCAAAAUCUGGAUCAGCAACGGCGGCCUGGCCGAGAUAUUUACCGUCUUUGCGAGGACGCGUCUGAAGGACGAGGCGAGUGGCGAAAUGAAGGACAAGAUCACGGCCUUCAUCGUGGAGCACUCCUUUGGGGGGGUCACGCGCGGCCCCCCUGAGAAGAAGAUGGGGAUCAAGGCCUCCAACACGGCCGAGGUGCACUUUGACGGGGUCCGUGUCCCGGUGGAGAAUGUCUUGGGGGCGCCUGGCGCCGGGUUCAAGGUCGCCAUGAACAUCCUGAACAACGGGCGGUUCGGCAUGGCCGCGGCCAUGUCCGGCACCAUGCGCGGCAUCAUCGGGAAAGCGGUGGACCACGCCGCCAACCGGACCCAGUUCGGGGAGAAGAUUCACAAUUUCGGGGCGAUUCAGGAGAAGCUGGCCCGGAUGGCUCUGCUGCAGUAUGUGACCGAGUCCAUGGCGUACAUGAUCAGCGCGAACAUGGAUCAGGGCGCCUCCGACUUCCAGAUCGAGGCGGCCAUCAGCAAGAUCUUCGGCUCGGAGGCUGCGUGGACCGUCACGGAUGAGUGCAUCCAGGUCAUGGGCGGCAUGGGCUUCAUGAAGGAGGCCGGUGUGGAGCGUGUGCUGCGUGAUUUGCGGGUGUUCCGGAUCUUCGAGGGAACCAACGAUAUUUUGCGGCUGUUUGUCGCCCUGAAUGGGUUUCAGAAUGCCGGGAACCAACUCCGCGGACUGCAGAAGGCCCUCAAGAGCCCCAUCGGGAACGCCGGGCUGCUGGUCGGGGAGCUCGGGAAGCGCAUGCGCAGGAGAGCCGGGCUGGGAACGGGGAUGACGGUCAAGGCGGUCGUGCACCCGAGCCUGAAUGCGAGCGGCGAGCGGAUGGUCCGGGGCAUGGAGCUGUUUGCGGGCGUGGUGGAGGAGCAACUCUUCAAGUACGGGAAGAAGAUCAUCGAUGAGCAGUUCGUGCUGACGCGCAUCGCCGACAGCGCCAUCGACCUGUACAGCAUGGCCGUGGUGCUCUCGAGGGCCUCCCGGUCCCUGGAGCGCGGGCAGCCCACGGCCCAGCACGAGAAGAUGCUCUGCGACACCUGGUGCAUUGAGGCCCAUGACCGCGUCACCCAGAACCUGACCUCCCUGCGCUCCGACACCACGCGGGAGUUCUUCCGGAACCUCCGGGGCAUCUCCAAAGCGGUGGUGGAGAACGAGGGGGUGGUCUCCCCGAACCCCCUGGGCAUCUGAGACACCCCCGGGAGCGGGCGCCGGAGCCGGCGUGGCUGCUGGGGCUCUGUCCUUCCCUCCCCCUCCCCACCCUCCUGCAGAAAGAGGACUUGGGCAAAGAUUCGGCGGGGAGCUUCUCGCAGCCCACUCCCGGAAGGCCGGCCGUGCUUUGAGAGAAAGUCGUGUUUCCGCUGUUUAAAUGCCUUAAUGCCCCCCCUAGGUGGGGGUGGAGUAAACAGCCCUGCUACAAGCCAUAGUUCCAAUAUGGAGCUCGCCGCAAGCUUAGCCAGCCAACUACCUCCCGGCCUUGCUGCCGGCCGCGCCGAAGCAGCAGAAUCGCCCGGCUUGGAAAAGCGGAGGCGGCUCCCCGCCUGCUUUUGGUGUUGAUUUGGCAGCCGCUCGGAUGGGAAGCAUUAGCCCCAAAACCAGGCACAAGGUCUCUUGUCCCAGCUGGUGUAUUUUUCUGUGAAUACAUAUUAAAUUACUUUGGCGAACGUCUGGA